AUGUCUGCUCCAGCUGUCAACUACAAAGUUGCUGAUAUCUCUUUAGCCGCUUUCGGUAGAAAAGAAAUUGAAUUAUCAGAAAAUGAAAUGCCAGGUUUAAUGGAAAUCAGAAGACAAUAUGGUGAAGAACAACCAUUAAAAGGUGCUAGAAUUGCUGGUUGUUUACAUAUGACUAUUCAAACUGCUGUUUUAAUUGAAACUUUAGUUGCUUUAGGUGCUGAAGUUACUUGGUCAUCAUGUAACAUUUUCUCUACUCAAGAUCAUGCUGCUGCUGCAAUUGCUGCUGCUGGUGUUCCAGUUUUUGCAUGGAAAGGUGAAACUGAUGAAGAAUAUUUAUGGUGUAUUGAACAACAAUUAUUCUCUUUCAAAGAUGGUAAAAAAUUAAAUUUAAUCUUAGAUGAUGGUGGUGAUUUAACUUCAUUAGUUCAUGAAAAAUAUCCAGAAAUGUUGGAAGAUUGUUUUGGUUUAUCUGAAGAAACUACUACUGGUGUUCAUCAUUUAUACAAAAUGGUUAGAGAUGCUACUUUAAAAGUUCCAGCUAUUAAUGUUAACGAUUCAGUUACCAAAUCAAAAUUUGAUAACUUGUAUGGUUGUAGAGAAUCAUUAAUUGAUGGUAUUAAACGUGCUACUGAUGUUAUGUUGGCUGGUAAAGUUGCUGUUGUUGCUGGUUUUGGUGAUGUUGGUAAAGGUUGUGCUAUGGCUUUAAGAGGUAUGGGUGCUCGUGUUAUUGUUUCAGAAAUUGAUCCAAUUAAUGCCUUACAAGCUGCUGUUGAAGGUUAUCAAGUUGCUCCAUUAGAUGAAGUUGCAUCAAUUGGUCAAGUUUUCGUUACUACAACUGGUUGUAGAGAUAUUAUUACUCAAAAACAUUUUGAUGCUAUGCCAGAAGAUGCUAUUGUUUCAAACAUUGGUCAUUUUGAUAUUGAAAUUGAUGUUGCAUCAUUAAAAGCUAAUGCAGUUGAUGUUGUUAAUAUUAAACCUCAAGUUGAUCGUUAUUUAUUGAAAAAUGGUCGUCAUGUUAUUUUAUUAGCUGAAGGUAGAUUAGUUAAUUUAGGUUGUGCUACAGGUCAUUCAUCAUUUGUUAUGUCAUGUUCAUUUUCAAAUCAAGUUUUAGCACAAAUUGCAUUAUUUAAAGCUAAUGAUAAAGAAUUUAGAUCAAAACAUGAAGAAUUUGGUAAAUCUGGUCCUUUUGAAAAAGGUACUGUUGCAGUUUUACCAAAAGUUUUAGAUGAAGCUGUUGCUAAAUUCCAUUUAAAACAUUUAGGUGUUAAAUUAACAACUUUAACUAAUGUUCAAUCUGAAUAUUUAGGUGUUCCAGUUAAUGGUCCAUUUAAAGCUGAUCAUUACCGUUAUUAA